UGCAAUCUUCAUAACAGAUCGAUGGGGGGAAACAGAACAUUGUCUUGGUAAAACGUUACUAAUGGAAGCAUGGGUUUUUAACGACCAAGAAAAUAGCAAACGCUCUUAUAACGCAUUAGAGAAAAGAUCACAUUCCUUCGUCUUAAAAAUCGGAACUUUCACCUAAAGGGUAUUUUUCCUAUUUACCGAGGGGGUUUAGGUGGUCUAUUGGAAAUAAAUUAUAUGCAAACCGCUAUGUCACAUACGGAUUUCAAAAGAAGACCCUGGAGGAUUAACGUUAUCGUUGUAGUUCUAUUAAGUUUCUGCAAAUUGUCAAGAGGUUUUACAACGGAGGAGCAUCAUGGGAGCCUCUCUCGCCCGCGCGUUGGGCGAUCGCCGUCUCCCAGGCCCAAGCUCUUUCCUCCCCCUGCUGUCGACACCGAUGACCCCACCCCUCUGGAGCCCCCCAUUGCCUCAGGACGGGCCCCCACGCUGCACCUGACCCAGGAGGACAUCAGAGGGCUCCAGUUCAAGCCCACGGUGGGCCAGUUUCGGCUGUCGGAGGGCACGCCGGUCAAGGUGAACUGCUCCAUAGACAUCGAAGACGUGCUGCCGGACCUGAGCAUACUGUGGUGGAAGAACGGCGCUGAGCUGCUGGGGAACACGCAGGCCGUAGUCAACGACCUGCAGACGGAGAGCCAGGGGGUGACCACCCUGCUGUCCACUCUCAGCAUUAGGAGUGUUCAACGCAGUGAUGCAGGGGAGUACCGCUGUAGGCUGAUUGUCAGUAACACAGUGAUCGAAUCUCAGCCAAUUCACAUCCAGGUCGAAGGCCUUCCAACAUUCACCAGGCACCCCGAAGAUAUGAACGUUACACGCGACACCCCCUUCAACCUGUCCUGUGUAGCCGUUGGUCCCCCUGACCCCUCCAGCAUUGUGUGGCUACGUAAUGGGGUGCGUGACUGGUCCCUCCGCCCCUCCCCCUACAAUGUCACUAUACCAGGUGUGUCCAGCCCCACCCGCUUCAGCUGUGAGGCUCACAAUGGCAAGGGCGUCAGCACGUCCAGAGAAGGGCACAUCAACGUCAAAGAGCUUCCAUCUGCAGUGUCCAAGGUGGUUGUGCUAUCCCGCGGCUCCAAUACUCUCAGCCUGCAGUGGACCCCUGGACAUGACGGAUUCUCACCCCUCACCGCCUGCCACAUCAUGGUAAAGGAGAUGGCACCAAGAGAAGGAGGGGCUACCCGUGUCGUCAACACCACCGUCCCACCCUUCCAAUUGGACAUCCCGGACCUGCGGGCCAUGACCUGGUACAGCAUGAGUGUGUCCUGCAGCAACAUGAUUGGCCCGUCCCCGAACAGCACCUGGGUGCAGGCCAGUACCAUAGAGGGAGUGCCCUUGGUUCCGCCCCACAACCUGACUGUCCAGCUGAAUGAAUCAGUGCUGGUGGUCCGCUGGGACGCACCCCCCCCGGAGAAGGUGAACGGAAUCCUGAAGGGCUAUGAUGUCAUCAUUACCCAGGGAAAGCACAAGCACAAGGACAUGAUUCGCACUGACACGAAUGUGGCCUACAUCACAGUUCAGGAGUUCAACACUACGUACGAGUUCGAGGUGGCAGCUCGCACACAGAUAGACAACGGCGUGUUCAGCCCGGCCGUCACAUUUUUCGUACCCGAGGCUGACCUGGCCCUGUCUCCAUCCUCCAGUCCAGACACACGGGACUCUGACUCCAUGUACAUCGUGUUGGGCGUGGUGUGCGGGUUCUGUCUGCUUCUGCUUGUCCUAUGGGGAGCCAUGUGUCUGCGUGCCAGGGUCUUAGAAACGCAAUUUGGGCAGGUGUUUGGAAGUGGAGAUCAUAGUCACCCUGUAGUCGAGUACAAAGCUCAGAGGUCCUACAACCGAUCUGCUAUUGAAGUCACACUUGCUAAUUUGGGUGUUAGCACGGAGCUUCAGGCCAAGCUUGAGGAUGUGAUGGUUAUACGGUCUCUGCUGUCCAUUGGGAAGGUCCUGGGGGAAGGGGAAUUUGGCUCAGUUGUGGAAGGUCACCAAAGGAAACCAGAUGGAGCAAUGGAGAAGGUUGCAGUGAAAACUAUGAAAUUGGACAACUUUUCCCAGAGGGAGAUUGAGGAGUUUCUGAACGAGGCUGCAUGCAUGAAGGACUUCCACCACCCAAAUGUUAUCAGACUCCUGGGUGUGUGUUUGGAGGUGGGCGCCAAUCACUUCGCCAAGCCUAUGGUCAUUCUUCCCUUCAUGAAGUACGGAGACCUCCACAGCUUCCUGCUUCGCUCGCGUCUCGGGGAGAGCCCUAUGUACCUACCAACACAGACUCUUCUCAAGUUCAUGAUCGACAUCGCCCUGGGUAUGGAGUAUCUCAGCAGCCGAAACUUCCUGCACAGGGACCUGGCAGCCCGCAACUGCAUGCUGAGGGACGAUAUGGCAGUCUGUGUGGCAGAUUUUGGCCUGUCUAAGAAGAUCUACAGCGGGGAUUACUACAGGCAGGGCCGAAUUGCCAAGAUGCCCGUAAAAUGGAUUGCCGUGGAGAGCCUGGCUGAUCGUGUUUUCACGGUCAAAAGUGACGUGUGGGCGUUUGGUGUGACCAUGUGGGAGAUAGUAACAAGAGGGAUGACGCCAUACCCUGGGGUUCAGAACCAUGAGAUUUACGACUACCUCCUGGAAGGUCACAGACUGAAGCAGCCAACAGACUGCCUGGAUGAGCUGUAUGAGAUCAUGUACACUUGCUGGAGGACGGAUCCAGUGGCCCGCCCCUUCUUCCCUCAGCUGCGGGUUCUACUAGAGAAGCUGGCGGAGAAGCUUCCGGAAGCAUCCAGCAGAGAGGAAAUCAUCUAUAUCAAUACCAGUCUUCCAGAGGAGGAGCCAGAGGGAGACCCUGAGCUAGGCCCUGCCCAGCCGCCCUUUACCUCCUCCCCUUGCUGCACUCGCUCCACGCCCAGUACCUGCCUUGUCACAGCUGACAUCCACGAGCGCACGGAGGAGGAGGAAGAAGAGGAAGAUGACCGCUAUGUCAUUGUCAUCUCCUCUGAGGACGCUGCUGUGAGAGCUGUGGGAGAUGUGGACACACCCCUCCUGACAAGUGAUGGACACACCACAGCAAAUGACUGCCAAUGACAGCCAAGCUGGUCAGGGCCCACCUACAGAACACUCUCUCCUCCUCCUAUGAGAAAGCAGGGCCACCAUGCCUGGGGGUAGAAACUAAAACUGAAGGGGAAUACAUUCCUAUCAUUACUUUUGAAAGUGCACCACUUGACCUGGCACAGGAAAAAAACAAAAAACGGUCAGACUUCAAUCUAUGGAUAUUCUGAGAUGUUACAAUUACAAGGACACAGAAUUAUUUAUGUUUUUCAUAUAUUGCCAGAAGUGUUACCAUGUGUCACUGUGAAUGGCAAACUUUCUUUUGGGCAACAUUCAAAAUCCUUUUGCCAUUGUUGCAGGAGUUCCUGUUGUGGCAGUCUUGUUCUAAUCCCUACGCAAUAUGAGCACGCACAACUUAUAUUUACACCAGAUACCUUGGUGAUGUCAUUUAUUUUUAUACUGAAGGAUUUAUUAAAGAAAGCAAGGACAUGAACUUCAGAUAUGUUUGUACAUUAUGAAUGUGUAUGUAGCAAUUGCUGUACAUUCUGCUUAAGAGUUAUAAAAAGAGUUUUACCCCAUCCAACUAUAGCUAACACUUUCAGGCUGGACAGAAGGCCAGUUAUAUGUGGAUGAUGAUAAAAUCUGGAUGGGACACUGACAGUGUACUUUUGGGCAGAGACUAUUUCAAGUUGCUCGGCUAAAAUUAAUAAUUUACGUAGAUUUAUCGCCGAGUAUAUGCAAUAUGUAGCAUUGUAAACUAAAGGUGUUGCCUUUAUGGGUGCCUACAAAAAACAUUUAAUCCUAGUAAUUCUGAAUGGAAUUGUGAAGUUUUUGCAUCGUAAAAUUGCACUUUGUUGUAUAAAUGUAAAUUUCUGAUUUAUACUUUAAUAUGUUGUUAGCAGUGUACAAUUGAGUGAGGAUUUUUGAAUGAUCAGAACAUUAAAGGUGUAUAUUGUU